AUGCAACGUCACGAGCCGAAUACAGCUGAUUUCAGUACGAUUGAUCCCCAUAAACUUCCCAAGUCUGUCCAAGAACAAGUCGAUAACGACACACAUUGCGUUGGAUACGGCAAGAAUCGCAUUAUCUUUCGCGUCUGGCCUCGUGAUCCUAAAGGACAAGCCAUCAAGCCAUCUCCAUUGCGGGGCAAGGAGGCCGGCAAUGGACUUGAUUUAUGGGGUGCGACGCUCUACGACUUCUAUCACGUUCGACGUCUUCCAAAUGUGCCAAACUACAUCACCAACUCCACGGGAAGCAGACUUGCGAAAUGGAUGCGCCAGGUUGGUGAGCUUACAGCGAAGGAUGAGCUCUAUUGGGCCGAUAAGGAGGAGGAUCCCAAAGAGAUACCGGUAGCUGACAUCGGGGAACUGAUUGAGUGCUAUGACACACGCAUGAAACUUCUGCGCCAUUGCCGAACAUCGAUUCGCCCUUCCAUCCCUGACCAUUAUCCCUCUCCACAUCCCUUCAUCCCAUGCACGCAUACUGGGAAUCCGACUCUCCAACAGCGGAUUCCUUUACAUCUUCUCCCUAAAAAGCUUCAUGUUCACGACCCCUGGAACAAAUUAUCUAUCGAUGGGAGCGAUGCCGAUCACGAAACCCCAUGGCUUUCCAAAGUCGCCAAUCGACGAGAUAUCGUCCGAACCUAUUCCCUCUCCCUCGCACCGGAAGGCAAAGUGGCUGCGUUGAAGUCGCAGAAACUGGAUGAGAUACAGGAAGACGAAGCGACGAAGACGGGAGCGUGA